AUGCUUUCCCAGCGAUCCCCAUCGCCACCUCCUCUCAAUCGUAUCCCUCUCCCACCUGGCCAUUUCCUCGCACUCCAGCCAUCCUAUGCGCAAUCGACGGAUCUCUUCCCCUCUGGAGCACCCAGUACAAGUGCUCACGACUCGAACGGCCUGGCACCCAAUGUCGCCUCUCUAGCUUCUGCCGAUUUCGAAGUCGAUGUCAGGACAGGGUUCUUGCCACUGACCAAGAAUCUUGAACGGUUGCCUGCGCCAUGGGAUAUAUGGGAGGAUGCGUUUGACGCUGCUAGAGGUCAAGGUGUGGGUGAUGGGUUAAUGCUGGCUGGUACAAGGCCGAAAGAUGUGGAGUGGAGGCGUGCUAUCGAAAUGAUGCCUGUGCUUGACACGAGGGGAUUGGAGAGAUCAAUAUUGCUCAUGCGCCGAGCUCACCUCGUCUUGACGUAUAUUCAGCAUUUCUAUGUCCACUCUUCGCCACCGAGUCAGAUCACACAUGUCAUCCCUCAGCCCAUCGCCUCGCCUCUCAAACCUGUCUCGACUUCGCUCGGUCUGCCACCGGUCGUCACGUAUGCCGAUACGGUCCUGUACAAUUUUCUAUCCACCGAUCCCUCUCAACCCCCACAUUACUCUCUCAAUCCUCCGAGCCGUGCCGUUGGGUCUUUUACAAACACUAAAUCGGAAGAAAUGUUUUAUGUCAUUUCGGCCCAAUGCGAGAUUUCUGGGGCAGCCGCUCUCAAGCUCAUGCGACAAUCGCUGGACGAGUUGUUCUUGGCAGAUGCAGUGGCGUUGCAGAGAUUGACAAUUUAUCUGACAAAACUGGCCGUCCUCAUUGACCGCAUUGGAGACAUUACGCUGUCAAUGAUGCAGCAUGUGGACCCGGAAGAGUUUUAUCACCUCAUCAGGCCGUGGUUCAGAGGGAGCGAUGACGGACCAGACAGUCGUCCGUGGCAGCUGGAUCAGGGCUCGACUUCCAACACCAAGCUCUACUCUGGUCCGAGUGCAGGCCAAAGCAGUCUCAUCCACGCCAUUGAUAUCUUCCUGACGGUCGACCACACCGAUCGCACACCCGAGAUCGCACCGGUCGAUCCAGUCACUACUGAGGAUGUUCAUAUCAUGACGGAUCACACUCCUAUCUCCACGGAACGACCGACCAUCUCUGUGCCCAUGGAAGCGACGUUUGUUCAACGCAUGUUGGAGUACAUGCCACUACCUCACCGGACUUUCUUGCUCCACCUUUCGACCCAUCCGACUCCUCUCCGAUCCUUGGUGAUUGAGCAUGCGCAAAGUCAGCCAAGGCUCGUCGAAGCGUACGAUGGCGCGUUGGAGGCAUUGAAGCGGUUCAGAGAGAAACACAUGCGGAUUGUCAGUCUUUUCAUCGUUCAACAAGCGAGGAAACAGCCUUCAGAGAGGAUCAGAUUGUCGCUGGGUCAAACGGAGCAAGUGGUUCAGGUAGAAGAUGUGAGGGAGCUCAGAGGGACUGGAGGAAGUCCACUGUUCAAGUUCUUGAAACGGUGCAGGGACAAUACGACCAAGGCGAUGAUCGGGCAACCCAAGGGACCGACCUAUGAGCUGAAAUAG